UUGCAAUUUUUUAGCAGAAUUUUUUCUCUUACAAUUUCCUUCUCGAAAUGAUGGCAGGAGUGCUUGGUCACAUUCGAAUCAAGAGUGAUGUCAUACGUCAGUGUUUGGCAGAAUUCAUUGGCACCUUACUUCUUGUGCUAUUUGGAGACUCUAUACUGGCUGUAGCUGUUCUAGGCAAAAUUGGAUCAAUUGGCGCAGUGGCUGUGCCUCUUGGAUGGGGAUUAGGUUUAAUGAUUGGUAUCGCCGUGUCGGGAGGAGUAUCUGGUGGCCACCUGAACCCAGCGAUUACUCUAGCCUUUGCAACAGUAGGAAAGUUCAAGUGGAGAAAGAUUCCAGCUUUUAUAGCCUCUCAAUACCUUGGGGGUUUCGUUGCAGCAGCACUGGUGUUUUUUGUCUAUGAAGGUGCAUUUGAAAACUUUGAUGGUGGAUAUCGCAGUGUAACAGGACAGAAUGCUACAGCUCACAUUUUCGCCACUUAUCCUCAGGAAUUUGUAAAUACUAGAAACGGUUUGUUUGAUCAGGUUUUGGGAACUUUUUUGCUCAUGAUAGCAAUCAGUGCUAUUAUCGAUGACAAGAAUAUGAACAUAGCUCAAGGCCUUCAGCCUUUGUUGAUUGGACUCUCUCUCACUGCAAUAAUCUGUUGUUUUGGAUUUAACUGCCAGGCGUCGCUAAACCCCGCUAGAGACCUUAGUCCCAGGGUAUUUACGGCUAUGGCUGGAUGGGGUGUUGAUGUUUUCAGCUUUCGAAAUUACAACUGGUUCUGGGUACCUGUAAUUGGUCCACAUAUUGGAGCAAUUUUGGGUGUAUGGAUCUACAGACUCAUGGUCGAACUUCAUUGGCCAGUUGAUAGUUACGACAUAGCCAAAAACUUCAGUAAUUUCAAAGGGAUAACUUUAGAUUCAUCUAAACAAGAUGGCAACAUUGAGAUGAAGAGCGUCAAGAUGACUGACGCAAAACCAUAGACUUGAAUAACUGCCUAAGAAACGAGUUGUUCAUUUGAUGGAGAAGGGUUGCAGUUUUUCUCCGUUAGAGCUUCUGAGGCCGUUUGUCAGCUCCUAAACAACAAGAAGUUUCUCUAACCACUUAUUACAACCCUGGUUCAGCACCCAUGUUUUCAAUGGCACUGUCUGUUGCGUGUCCACAUACAUUCUCUAACUGCUGUAUCUCUGCAUACACGAUAGAAAGGAGCACAAUGUGCUAUUUUCCCUUUCGAACUGGAAUUCUUAUCACGCACUCUGGGUUUCAAAGUAAUAAAAGACUAGUUCAAAACCUGUUCUCUUCCACAACAUGCAAUAAUAAACGUUCCAUAACCUGUAUAUAUAAAAUAACAGAUAUUAGUGUUUAAAUCAACCGAUUAAAAAAUAAGGAAAUUGGAAAAAUCGAAUUUUGUAACUUGUUGAAACGUUAUUUAUUAUAUUUGCAGAUCCGACAGUAAUUGGCUUUAUAAACUAACAACAGAUAUUACACGUUAUACAAAUGUGAGUUAAUUGACGUAAAUUCUAUUUCGAUCUUAAAUUUUGUUUAGCUAUAAUAAGAUGUGUCGAUAAGCGUUCCAGAUGUUGUACAAAUAUUUUUAUUCGUAUUAAUGUAAAUACAUAUAUUCACAGAGAAAUAGAUGUGAGUUUUAGUAUUUUUUUUCUAUUACAUUCGAAUGGUAGUUCAUUACUGCUUCAUUAAUCUUAUAUUCAAACUUUUUUCAUAACAAACUAUUUUCGGUUAAAAAAAAACACGAAAAUAUAGCGAAAGUUGAAAUAAUUAAUUUAUAAAGUUAGACUUUUGUGUAUCAUAAGAAUACAGAUUAGGGUUUAAACAAAGGAUACAUUUAAAUGCAUCUUUAUGGACGAGAUAUGAUGCAUAUCUAUGUACAUAUUGAUUUGAAUAUAAAUCAGUUAGUUGUUAUAUGGAAUUAUCAGAUGAUUUUCAAUAUAAUAUAAAAGUUAAGCUUUGUUAUUAUUUAACAUUUACAUUUCAAGUGAAUACAUUUUUCUAAACAAUGGAA